ACACCGUAUCCAUUGACAGCCCUAAUUGUUCCAAUCACAGUGCAUAAAAUAAAGUUGUGAAAAAUAAAAAUAAAUGCAAAACAAGUUAACGUGAAAGGUGUUUAAUCAACAAACAAUGCAUAGUCAGCACAGUGAAUCCUCGGUGAACUGAAAUAUCUGAAUACACUUUGGUAUUUGGUACCAAAUUUAGAAACGUAGUAGGCGAGAAGGCCAAGACAAUAGUCAGUUGUUAUUGGCUAUUAUUGGUGCUUUUCUAAAGGUGCUUGUGGCUUGGUUAUAAUCAGGAUACUCUCGAGACUGUUAUCAACAUGUAUUGUCUACAAUGUCUGCUACCAGUGCUGCUUAUACCGAAACCAACAAAUCCGGCGCUAAUGGAGACGCAUGUUAUGUUCAUUGUACUGUAUCUAAUUGGCUUCUUUUUAGAACGAAAGCCGUGCACCAUUUGCAGUUUGAUAUUUCUGACAGCUGUGUUCCUCAUAUGUUAUAGCGGUGUGGGAAAUUGUAUAUUUUGGGGAAAUUGUGAAGGACACCAGUGUGAGAAUGGUUAAUGUAGCUACUGCAUAAAUUGCUGCUGCGACAUUGUGCGUGUAGUAAACUAAGCAUUAAUAUAAUUGUAGUUGCUAGCGUGUUUACUACACUAUUUCGUUAUAUAACGACCGCAGUUAACAAAUAUAUUUAAAUAAUUUUUUUUUUAUUGAUUUUAUGAUGUCGCAGUGUUUAGCGCUCAAAAUAUUCAAUUAAAACAAACUUAAAAGUCUACAAAACAAAAAAAGCCGUAAUAGAUAUGCCUGGUUGUAAGGGGAUUAUAUUUUAAGAUGUUCGAAAACGUUUAUCUAUUAAAUCAUUUGCAUGUUUUGUUGCUAUUUGCAUUUGUAAACAUCACCACCGCGUAUUACAAAUGUAAAAUUUUUAAAAUGUAGCUUUUGAAUAAAUGUUCUAUCUAAUCAAUAUAAACUAAAAAUUUAUCUGAUAACAAAUUACCUUCUCACUAUUAGUUGAUUGUGGGUGUUGGUGAAAAUAAACUCACAAACACAGUUUACAAUAUGUAUUCAACAAACUAAUAAAUGAAGAAUCCAACUAGGCGAAAAAAAAUUAAAUUGGUAUAUGUAUUGUAAAUAAUAAUUUCGAUUACGCUCAAAACAAAACCAAAUAAUAAUAAAGAGAAAGUUAUUAGAAAUCGGUAGCUAGAAUUGCAAAUUUGUAUGAUUAGCCCUCAAUUUAGUGUCAAAUCUAAUGCAACUUUUUUUAUAUAGUUUAAUUAAACACAAAAUAGUUGUAUAAACUUGGUUGUAUUUUCGGUGUUAUAUCUAUUGCUCUGAAAUAAAAUAGUAAUGAUAGCUAAAAUGUAAUACUUUUUUGCUAUUCAAUAAUUAAUAGUAUAAUUUCUUCGCAGUGCAACAAAAUCUAGCACAGCAAGCAUUAGGGUAUUUAGUAUACAUGUUUAAUUAAAAACAAAUAAAAAAUAAUUUUUAUCUAUUUUAGCAUACAAUUUUCAACUCAUAAUAAAGAUAUUUUAUUUAUACA